AUAGUCUUGAUUUGUGGAAAAUCUCUGCUUUGCAUCUCAGGGGUGCAUCAAAGGGUUUCUAAACCCUUUGUCCAUGUUUAGAGAGUUCUGAAAGUUGACAACAAAAGCAGUAAAUUGAUUUGCACUUUAGAAGCCUUUGCAGAAGAAUUAAUUUAUUGGAGGUGCUGCCCAAGCAUUCAAAGAGGAGAAGAAAUUAAUCAGAUCUCAGCAGGAAGGAGCAGAUGUGGCCAAGGCUAAGACAGAAUCUGCUGUAGCCACGCCAUCGGGUCCUGUUGCAGAGACGUUCCGAGUUAUUCAAGGGGCAGUGACUGAAGAGUACGUGAGAAGUACUCAGGGCGUCUUUCAGUUUGAGCUAUCUGGCGAUGGUGGAGGCACUUGGUAUAUUGACCUGAAGACCAAGGGUGGGAGCGCUGGCUUCGGAAAGCCUCCUUUGACAGCUGAUGUGGUUAUGAGCAUGUCGAGUGCCGACUUUGUGAAGAUGUUCACAGGUGAGAAGUAAAUAUGAGCGUGGCAACACAUGACUAUCAGUGCCAGUACCCUGUAAUCUGAACUGUCUUCAACUGACUUCCCAACAGCCAAGUGCUGUUGAUCCUGUACAAUGGAGGACUGCCUUCACACCUCAUCCGAAAAUCUCUCCAAGCUGGUGAGCUGGGCCCACAGCCAUGGGACCAUCUGCAGCCUCAUCCCCAACCUCAAGCACCUCCUUUCCGAGGGGGCCCAUGGCAACCUGACUGCCAUGUGGGGCUGUAGUGCUGGCCAUGCCUACCACUGGCCCCUGGCUGCCACUUGCCGGGCCGGCUCCCAGGAGCGUGUCUGCUUUCAGGACAGCCGCAGCUUCAACUCGGACAGCCCCAGCAUGCUGGGGGUGCCAUCAGAGGCUCAGGCUAGCCCCCUGGAGCGCUACCCAGGCCGGCCAGGGAAGGCCAAGCUGGAUUGCACCCGCACUCGUGACUCCUGCGACUUCUCCUACUGCAGCGAGCCAUCAGAGCUGGGUGAGCCUGUGGAGGAGUACGAGGAUGAGGCCACCCUCUUCGACAUGGUCUGUGAGUCCUCUGUCACCGAUGAGGACAGUGACUUUGAGCCACACCUGCACCGUGCUCCCACCGGCCCCCGCAAGCGGCCGGCUGCUGCGGCCCAGGCACAGGCACAGCCCGCCGACGAGGGCGGCGGUGACGUGCUACUCAAGAAGAUCAAGCAGGAGCUCCCUGAGGACUACUAUAUAGUGGCCAACGCGGAGCUGACAGCUGGCGCUGAUGGGCCGGCCCUGGCCCUGACACAGAUGUCCAAGCCCAAGCCGCAGCCCCCAGCUGGGCCCUCCUGCCUGGGACCCACCAGAACCAUUCCCCAGCCGGCCGUGGGCCCCGACCCUGACCUGCAGCGCCCGUGCGCCUCUCCGCCUGGCCCGCCCCGCCUGGCCACGCAGCGGCCACUCCGGGGACCCCUGGCCUCCCCAGCGCGGGGGGCAGGCAGUGGCCCUGCGGCUGCCCUGCAGGUGCCAGCCACCAGCUCCAAUGCCAUCACCACUGCUGGGAAACCCAUCAGCAUCCCCCUCUCAGCCCUGCAGCUGCCUGGUCAGGAGGAGCCACCGGUGGCUGCUGAGGAGACCCUCCCGUCCAUCCCACAGCUGACCCUGGGUGGUGAGGUGGCCGGCUCGCCCUCAGUGGGUGCCGAGCCUGAGGUCAGCUCCAGCCAGCAGCAGCCCCAUGCAGUGCCCACCACCACCCCUGAGGCAGCAGCGCAGCUGAUGCCAGACCAGGAUGAGAGAGCAGCAGAGCUCAGCAGGGAGCAGAAUGAGAAGACCAUUCGCAGCACGCAGACAGCUCUCCGCAAUUUCCGAGAAUUCCUCAUUUCUAAGUACCCAUCUGAGACCCGUGAGAUCUAUGUCAUCCCCUGCAAAGAGCUUGAUGCCUAUCUUGCGUCGUUCUUUGUGGACGCCAGACAAAAGGAUGGGUCUGAAUAUGAGCCAAACAGUCUGGCCAACUAUCAGUGUGGACUGGAGCGGUAUCUCAAAGAGCACAGGUAUGGAUACAGUAUUACAAGGGAUAAGGAAUUCAAGAGGUCCCAGGAAGCUCUAAAGCAAAAGCAGAUAGAGCUGAGGUGUAAAGGCAAAGGAAACAAGCCACACAAAUCCAUGAAGCUCACUUUUGCUGAUGAGCUUAUCCUGCGCAAAAGAGGCUUAUUGAGCAGGUACAAUCCUGAAGGGCUUCUGAACCUAGUAUGGCUGAACAACACGAAGGCAUUUGGACACUGUACGGGUUUCCAUGGGUCCACCCUCAAGUGGGGAGACAUCCGGCUGCGGGUGACAGAGACUGGGUUGGAGUACCUGGAGUGGAUGGGGCCAGACAAUGGGGAUGUGAGUACCAAGAGCAAGAGAGGAGGGACAGACUCGCGGGUGUACGCCACGCAGCACUCCCCGCAGACCUGCCCCGUGCAGGACUACAAGGAGUACGCCCAGCGGCGCCCUCCGGCCAUGCGCUACGAGGAUGCACCUUUUUACCUGUCCAUCAAACCCGUUGUCAAUUUGGCUGCACUUCACUGGUACAAUUGCCAAGCCCUGGGGAAAAACAAGCUUGCCAAGAUGGUGAAGACAAUGUGUGAGAAAGGGAACAUCCCUGGCCGCAAGACUAACUUCAGUGUCUACCAGAGCUGCAGCACCCUCUCAGAAGCUCAGAGCAACCAGCUGGUGCUGAUCUGCAAUAACUUGAGCCAGCAGGCUGCCCAGUCCAUGGCAAGCCACUCCAAUACUGGCAACUUUAUAGUGUCAGCAUCCUAUGACUCGUCAUCUGACACGGCUUGAAAGAACACUGAACACUUUUUUCUUUUCCUUUUUGUUUCAAGCAUUGAAUUUGUGCUCAAUAAUACAUAUCAGCUGUGAUUGUACACUAUUCCCCCUCUCACCUCCCUCUCCAGUGUUAAUUCGCUUUAUAAGAAUAUAUAAACAUACAAUAUAUUUUUCUUUCUACAAAUAAGUCAACAGAAAUACUUUAGUAUUACUAACAGUAUUUAUAGUGUUAAGGCAAAAAUGAAAGGUACUUAUGGGUUAUAAUACGAAUGCAGAUUUUAGAAGGAUAAAAAUGGUUCUCAGGCAACACAAAAUAGACUGAAAAUACCAUUUUUA